AUGAUUAUAAAGUUAAAUACGGUUUUAAUCGUUCUUAUACUCGCUGGAGUAGAGUCCUUUAUGUUGAGUAACAAAAAGGUUGAUCCUAAUAAAUCUGGUAGUACUAUACAAAAAUUAGUUCCAAAUAGAGUAACCAAUAAAAUUAGAAAAUCUAGUUCUAUCUCAUAUUACAUGGGAUUCCGUAGAGUCACCAACCUGCCUAAUGCAUUUUUUACAACCAAACCUCAAUUAAACUCAACAAAAUCUUCAAACACCGCAAACAUAUUUAGCACCACAAAGGCAUUUGUCACCACAAAAUUAUUGAAUGCCACAAAGGCAUUUAGCAUCACAAAGGCAUUGAGCACCACAAAGGUAUUGAGCACGGAAAAGCCACAUAGCACAAAAGUAAUUCCCACCACUAAAGCUGUUGCUGCUAAGACUACGAUUUCCGCGCACUUAAAUAAAACAGAUGGCAACGUCAAGGUUGAAACUACUGCUGAUAACAUUUCAACAAAAUCUAACAAAACAGAUGGCGCUACAAGCUUAAUAUCUCUUAAAAAUGGAUUCACCAUUAAUCACCCCGACACAUCCGUUGUUACUUUAGUUAAAGAAACCGCGAAAGAUAGAAUUAACUCAACUGUAGGGUCUACUAGCAAUAAAUCCUCGGAUCAAACGACCGAACUCACAUUCCCCACUUCUGCAGUAAAGAUUCAAGUAAGCAAAUUAUCUACUAAAAAUAAUAAACAAACAACAAGAAAAACGCGUAAAACGACGCUCAUCAACAAUAAAGGCGACAAAGGUAACGAUUCUUUGAAUAGCCUAGUUCUGAGCUCUAAUAUCGCUAUCGACACCACCUCGAGUAUAAUUGGGAAAAAGGUUACCGCAUCUCCAAAACCUUUACCGUCAUCGGUCGAAACGACAUUCCCCACAUCUGCUAAGAUUCAAGUAAAAAAAUUGUCUACUAAGAAUAGUAAACAAAAAACAUCAACAAAAACGCGUAAAUCCACGCUCAUCGACAAUAAAAGCGACAAAGGUAACGAUUCUUUGAGUAGCCUAGUUCCGAGCUCUAAUAUCGCUAUCGACACCACCUCGAGUAUAAUUAGGAAAAAGGUUACCGCAUCUCCAAAAGCCAUACCGUUGUCGGUCGAAACUAACGAAUUUACAUUCCCCACAUCUACAAAGAUUGGAGUAUCUACUAAAAAUAAUAAAAAAACAACAAGAAAAACGCGUAAAACCACGCUCAUCGACAAUAAAGGCGACAAAGGUAACGAUUCUUUGAGUAGCCUAGUUCCGAGCUCUAAUAUCGCUAUCGACACCGCCUCGAGUACAAUUAGGAAAAAGGUUACCGCAUCUCCAAAAGCCAUACCGUCGUCGGUCGAAACUAACGAAUUUACAUUCCCCACAUCUACAAAGUUUGGAGUAUCUACUAAAAAUAAUAAACAAACAACAAGAAAAACGCGCAAAACCACGCUCAUCGACAAUAAAGGUGUCAAAGGUAAUGAUUCCUUGAAUAGUCUAGUUUCAAGCACCAAUAUCGCUAUCGUCACGACCAAGAGCAUAAUUGAUAAAAAGGUGACCAUACCUUCAAAGGCUAUACCGUCGGUCGAAACAAACCUUUUUACUUUAUCCACAUCUACAAAGGCUCGGGUAGGCAAAUUAUCUACUAAAAAUGGUAAACAUCACAGAAGAACAAGAAAAACGCUUAGAACAAGGCUCAACAAUAAUAAAGGUCACAAGGGUAACAAUUCUUUGAAUAGUCUAGUUCCAAGCACUAAUACCGUUAACCACACAUCUACAAUUAAAACUGGAAAGAAGGUAACCAAGUCGUCCCUAAAAACGAUGCCAUCGGUCAAAACGAGUGCACUUAAACUCUCCACUUCUGCAACGAAGAAAAGAAUGAAUAAAACAACUGACAAAUCCAAGAAAGAUGAAGAUGACGACUACGAUGAUAAAGACUUUACCGUGCCCUCCAAAGGAUCAAAAUAUUCUGCCUACAUGAAAAAGCAGAAUUCAACGGUCAGAAAUUGGUGCGACUCUGUUUUGGAGUGUUUCCAUUGCCUAUGUCAAGAAAAUGAGAUAAAAGUUGACCUUACUUAUAAAAUGUAUUUGAAAUGCGAUCCAAAAUAUCGUAAAAAUCGACGCAAAUUGCUUUGCGCGAGUAUUGACCACUUUAUGAAAACGAGCGAUAUUUCUCUUCGUAGAACAAUUGUUUUACAAAAAAGCAAUGAAACUGAAAGAUACUUUUAUUGCACGAAUUAA